AUGAGUCCGAUCAGAACCGUCCUGAUAAAUGGUGUCGUUGCUUUUGCGGCAAUUUUUACCCUUGUAUUGUAUAGCACGAUUCAGGGAAGGAUUAUGAUACACCAUGGAGAGGACAUUGGCUAUUUAUUUAUAUAUCUGAUCGCCUGGAACAAGAUCGGUACUAUUGCUUUGAUUUUGUUGGCAAUCCUUUUGUCCAAAAUGCUUACCGUUGGCGCGUACAAUGAUGAGCGCUAUUCCAAAGCUUCCAUUGAAGAUGUGAUUCCCCUCUAUCAGGCCGAAAAUCUUUCCUCUUACUCGAUGCCAUCUGGGGCGCCGCAGUUUCCUUUCUCGAGCUUGAAAAUUGCAACUUUGUUAGCAAAAAAAAGCCCCUUUUCUUGUCUUUUGAUUUCUCUGUCAAACGUCGCCGCAACAGCCUGCCAAUACCAGUCACUGAUCUACAUUCCUCUGUCGCUGCAGUCUGUUGGAAAAUGCACAAAAAUUCUUCCCACGCUUCUUCUUCGGGCAGCGAUGACGGGGUCUCUUCCCUCUCUUCUCGAUUCAGUGAUAUGUUUACUUGUAGUAUUUGGGGUAUUGCUAUUAUUUCUCUUUCCCUCCAAUACACUUGCGUACGAGUCAAUAGGCGGGCUUUUCAUCUUCUUUCAUUCUGUUUUGGAUAGCAUGACCAUGAUCAUCCAGGAAAAAAUGCUUAUUUCUAGAAUUGAUCCGAACUUUCGGACGUUGCAGGGGAGCUUUGGCGUACUUCUCGUCCAGUCCGGAUCGGGCUUGAUGCUUUCUGCAGCGAUCAUCUUAGUUUCGUCCUUGUACGAUCCAGCGGACGCGCUCAAGUUUUUUUCAAUCCCCUGGAUUUUAUUGUUUGGCCUUUGCAUCUCCUCUGCGUGCUCACAGUUGCUGAUUUUGAUUAGCAUCCAAAGGUUAACCUCAAUUGGACACGUCCUUGUCAUGACUUGUCGCCAUUUUUUUGUAAUCGUUGCCUCAGAGGUACUUUUGCAUCAAAGCUCGCUUUUUUUCGUGCAGUGGGUUGGCGUCAUCAUCGUUAUUGGCGCUCUUUUUUCAAAGGCAAUUGUUUCGCAGGUUGGAAAAUCGUGUCCCUUUGAACGUCGGACUUGA